AUGGAAGGCAGUGGACUCAGAUGCACUGGAAGUAUGGAAAAUGCAGCUGAGAGUAAUAAGAGGAAGCAUUCCCUUUCCGAGGCUGCGCAACAAGCUGCUAAGCGAUGGGCAAAAGUAGAUUAUGGAUCGAUUCCAGCUGCAAGCGAUGAUCAGGCACUAGAUGUUAGUGUCAAAUCACUAUCAGGUUCUAAUCCUGAAUCUGAAAUAGAGACGGAUGUUGGGUCAAUUGAUCUGGAGAGAGGACAGACAGCUGAUGUGAUCGACUUGACUUCUGAGGAUGAAUCCAUCAGUACUCUUUCUGCGGUAAUUGAUCUCACUAUACCAGAUACCAAGGAAAGGAAGGUUCCAUCGAAACCGAGGAUCAAUUCUCCUUUCAAAAUGUUAAGAUCGGUCCUUUAUGACGAUGAAACACCUUUAUCGCAGAACCUUAUAACUCUUAAGGAUAUUUUAGGUGAUGAGACUUUACGUGAGUCGAUUCUUUUUAGUUUCCAAUUCGAUUUGAACUUUGUUAUGGAUUGUUUCCACGAAAAUAUCAAAUCCAUCACCAUUGUGGCACAAUUAAAUACCAUUGUACCGUUUGAACCUAGUCAAGGUCCCAAGGCAAGACGAAUCUUUUCACGUUUGAAUACAAUAGCUUUCCCAAUGCCACCCUUCUCGUGUCAUCAUUCCAAAAUGAUAUUUAAUUAUUAUGCUGACAAUUCCUGCAAGAUAUUCUUACCAUCUAGUAACUUGAGUUAUUAUGAGGUCAAUUUGCCGCAACAAGUUUGCUGGUGUAGCCCCACGCUCCCGUAUGAUCCAGAUAGGAAAUCCAGACAGGACGUACCGUUUAAGGUGAGUUUAUUGGAAUAUUUAAACUCAUACAAUAAGAGGGAAGUUAAUCAGUUGAUAAAAAGAUUAAAGGAUAUAGAUUUUACUCCCUUGGAAGAUGUAGAGUUUAUCUUCUCAACGCCGAACAAAAAAGUGAACUCUGGAAUGAAGAUGCUAGCAUCAUUCAUUAAUGAAGGAAAGAUAGUGGUACCUCCUGAUGAUGGUUCAUCAACCUCUCACUUUCUUUGCCAAACAUCCUCAAUUGGUGCCUCUUUGAAUAGAGCAGUCCCUGUUAAUAUGUUUACUCAUACGAUUAUCCCGUUGUGUACAGGGAUACUAAGUUAUAAUCAAGAAUCGAAUGGAAAGAAGGCAAUGAUAUACGUCCCUUCUGAAACAGUGAAAACGGAAUUCAAAAGUAGAAGAAUCAUACCCUAUAUCAUUUUCCCGACUAAAUAUGAAUCUCUAAAUGGUCCCACUGGUAGCGCUGCAUCGGGAUGGUUCCAUUUUGAUUAUUCGAAGGAUAAAAUUGGCUAUUACAAGAUGUUGGCAGAAGAAUUUAAGGUAUUUUAUAAGCAAGAUAGUAAGAAAUCUGCAGAUAAAAGGAACAAGAGGCCAUUUGUUCCUUCCCACUCUAAAUUUUACUUAUCAUCCACAACAACGGAGAAUGACACUAGUCCUAAUCAAUUUAAAAAUUUGAAUUGGUGCAUCUUUACUUCGGCUAAUCUAAGCGUGAGUGCCUGGGGUAAACUCACAAUGCCACCAAGAAAUUAUGAAGUGGGUAUAUUACUAACAAAAGAAGCUCAGCCAAGUGGGAAACUCAAAUGUCGAAGCCUUAUUGAUACCAUUUAUCUCAACAAUGAUUAUCAGAGCUCAGAUGAUUUAACUGUCAUGGUUCCGUUUACCUUACCUGUCGAACCGUACGAUACAAGAGUUGAUCGUUGUUUCUGCCAAGCAACAGAUGCCCCACAAGCAUCUUAA